AUGUACAGCGCUGAGACUUGGACACUAACAGGCACACAGGAACAACGCCUGGAUGCCUUUGACUCAAAAUGCCAACGCAGGAUCCUAGGGAUCAGAUGGUAUGACCAUGUCUCAAAUACAACCCUACGUAGCAUCACCAAUCAGCCACCACUUUCCCAUAAGAUCCGCUCUGCCCGGCUCCGCCUCUUUGGCCACCUUGCCCGGGCAGAACCACCUCCCGAACCUGUCGUCCUGCUGAGAGAACCAAACCCCACUACCUGGUCCCGCCCCAGAGGACGACCCAGACGCACCUGGCUCGACCAACUGGCCAACGACCUACAGCAGACUGCCGGCCUUUCCAUCGCCGCAGCCUGGGAGGCAACCAGAGACAGAUCAACCUGGAGAUCGGAAACCAUUGUCAAGAAGCUGUAA